AGGUUGCGUAGGCGAUCACCUGAAACAAGAAACGUUACUUAGUACUUACGUUACUACACCCACCUAGUUCCAAAAAUGAGGACAGCCUGCAUGAGGGACUGACAACAAGGUGUUGAUAAAAACGUUUUAUUGGCAACAGCGACGGAUAAGUACUGAAACAGUAACAGGAAGAAAAAUAGUCUUAAUCAUGCCGCCGUUUACAGUCUUCGGUCGACGUUACGGGCUCAUAAGCCUCGAUGAGCUCUGGAUUGUGGUUCCGUAUUCGGUCUGGGGUCUGUCGAUCUUGGCCUUGUUUAAUCUGUACACCCUGCAGCUGCAAAUAGGCUGUGGUGGCAAAUGGGGCACAGGAUACUUGCAGCUCGUGCUGCUGCUUGCUAUGCUUGCCCUGGACUUGGUACUGAUCAAGCUUUCCAAGCGGGGAGCCUUGCACGACAAACAGGGGCUGCGUGCGCGUCUUCCGUUCCUCGUCGAACUGCGGGUCUACUUCGGCCUGAUCCACAUGGCGCUCCUCGUCUACGACCUGGAAGUGAGCCCCGAGCCGAUACUCACCUUUUGUGACCCGAAAGCGGACCCCAAGUCGUGGAGCUGGCUCUACGUGCACCACAACGAGGAUAGCGGCUACCUUUUCUACACGAGCACGAACGACUACGUGCUGCUCGACCACUCGGUUGGCGGGGACUACCGGCAGGUGAUCCACGACCCCGAAGUGGAUGUGCGUCUGGUCGCGAACAGUUGGUUUGCGAUCAUGGUGCACAGCGGCUUGAUCUUCAUCGAACGGGCCAUCUUUGUCCUUUUUGCCGUCCUGGCCAGCUUCAGUGACCGCACCACCGAGUCGCCAAAGGAGGAGUACGCGUUUCGGAGGGUGCUCCAGGAGCGGGUUUUGCGCGAGGAUGUGGAGCAGCGCACGCCGCAGGAGCGGUCGCGGUUUCGGUCGCUGCUACCCUCCCGGUUCCGAAUGCUGCGCAAGGGACUGGAGUUGUAUCGCGUCGCGGGGAAAAAUAUUUCCCGCGUGGAGCGGUCCGUGAUGGGCUUCCUGGGCGUACAAGAGCUCACGAUUGGAGACUUCCGCUGCGGGGUCGCGCUGGCCCGCGGCAAGGAGUUCUCGGGCGCGCUGCCGGGAUCGUUCUUGGAAAAGGGACGGCGGAUCAACUUGAAAGAGGACCUGGACCCGAUGCUGUUUUUGCUCACCUUCGUCAACUAUGCGUGGAUCGCCUACGGCUACCAGGGUCCGCGGAAAGUUGCGUUGUGGGACCGGUUCACGGAUCUGCUCUGUUGCUGCCGCAACCGACGCAGGAAGCGCCCCGGAGUGUUGACCGAAAUGCAGCAAGAGGUUGGCUUGACGGGGGAUGCGGAUGCAGACGAGGAGGCGGAGCUACAAAAGCUUGAGCGCGCGUCCCGAGGGCUCGUAGUAGAACAACAGCAAAGUAGAUCCAGUUUCGGUCGAUCGGUCGACAACCUCGCCAGCGCUCUCCCCGGGGCAGACCAUCUGCACGGCGCUGUCCACGGUGGUCGGGCACUCGGAAGCCAGGCACUUCGGGUGGUGAGAAUAAUCUCGAAGACGGAAAAGGAGCAGAGUUGGGAACGCGACCUGACGGACUACAUGCAGCUACUGCAGUACCGGCAGCGGCAGAUGCUGCAGACGUACGCCGACCAACUGGAGGACUUUGACGCCGGCACGGUAAUCCGGAAUCACGCGGUCGGCUCGGCCGACCUGGUUACGCUAACCGCGGAAGACCUCUACAGUUCGCGCAGCUGGACCGAGAGGCUCGAGCAGCAGGAUGACGACAAGUCGCUCGUGGCGCCGUUACUGCGCGUCAUGGCGGGCCGCUUCGCCCUCGGCUACGUGGCUGUGCAUUACGAGCACUUGACGGAGCAGCUGGGCAAAUGGUCGGACUACUCAAAGCCAAAAAUUCGCUGGGUUGCGGCCAUCUUCACCGUUUUGCGCCUGUGCAGGCAUACAAAACGGCUCUCGGUCGCACAGGAGCAUUCUCAGGAUCUGGAAGUACAGCGCCUGCGAGCGUCGCGGGGCCUCCUGAAAGUGACUCUGAGCGACAACGCAGGUGAGGUGGACAAUUUCGGUGCGAUGUGGGAUCCCUACACGCAGAAGGUGACGAACGUGGUACCGCACAGCGUGGCCGACCAGCACGGGAUCUUGGUCGGGGAUACGCUACAACUCGUCGACGGCAAGCCGCUACCAGUGGUAUUCCACUCCUACGCACAGGAAUGCAAAGACGGUGUCGGCAAGGUGGCGGUCGCAACAGCUGCCGGCUUGCUGCACACCAUCCGCGAAACGCGAAAGAAACGAAACGAAAACCGAAGGCCCGGCGUCUUCCGGCUCUUGAGAGGAAGUCCGUUUGCAAACAUCGUCGACUUGGCGUUGCAACAGGGGAACAAGCAAGCUGCUCCGAAGGUAGAAAAACUGAUGAAUUCCUCGUUGUUGUUCUUCCUGACGCGGAUCAUAUUUACAGUUCAUCAUCAUCUUUUAGAACAAUGGAAUGGCAACGGCAACUACCAGUAUGUAAGAAAAAGAACUACCAGUAUGUAAGAAAAAAAAGACAUCUGCUACCCUAAACCCUAAACCGCUACCGCUUUCUUUUUUGUCAUUUUCGAGAAACCAACGUUGUAUACAACAUGCAUCGAUUUAUACCAUCGAAAAACAGGCGAAGGGGAAAGCCAACUUGACGCGUAGUGAUUCUACUCCGGAUACCAUUCUUACGCUGGAAUUCUUGCAGCCGGUCCGGCGGGCAAGCCAACAGUUGGAGCCGUCUUCCGCGGUCGAGCUGAGAAAUUCUAUGGUGGAAGACUUUACAACGAAGGCGAAGGUGGAUAACUUGCAAGGCCUGGAGGAAACCGUGUCGAAUGAGUUAGCGCGGGCGCGCGCCGCCUUCACGAUAAAGCGUUUAGACUGGGAGUAUUUGUCGCCCCUGGAGCGUCAGAUUCCCGCUUUCCAGGCCUUGAAGGAGGCGUGGGAGGCGGAGCUGCUGGCGGAGAAGCGCGAGCGUGCGGCGGUGCGCGCUGCCAAGCGCACGAAGUGGCAGGCCAAGCUGAAGACGCUCCAGGAGACGCGGGCCCUCCGCAUGGGCUUCGGACAGGAGAAAAUGAAGAACACCGAGGCGAAGUUGCGGGACCUCGAUGAGGAGUCCGAGGCCAGUGCCGAGGACGACCCGACGCUCCGGCUGAACAGCGACGGCGGCCUAUCCUGAGUAAAAACGUCCCCACACCAGAGUUGUAAUGCAGAUUUGCAAAGACAGGAAGACUUGUAACGCGCCUCCCCAUGAGAGCCAUUUUCAAUCGUGUUUUGGAAUUUGUGAUGCUGUGAACAGGAUGAGCAGAUGAAUCUGUGACGCGGCUGCACUUGCUAACCUGCACUACACUGCAGAGUCCAACUUGUCAUGCGUGACUCACAAAACUCCUAGGUUUGUGUUGCAAAAUCCCCAUCCUGACUCUGGUGUGGGUACGUUUUUACUCAGGAUACGGCCUGGCGGUCGAGGAGGUGGGCGUGGAACUGCUGUACGUCAGUCCGCACACGCGCGGCGGCGAGCGCGCCGUGUUUUACUUCGCCCAGGACAACUUCUCCAACGCCCUGGUGAUCGGGUUUCGCGGCACCAUGUCGGCCAAAGACAUGGUCUCGGACGCGGCCAUUGCCCCGGCCCGCCUGUUCGCCGACUCGCCCGCGGACGAGUACGUCCAUGCAGGCUUUCUGUCCUGCGCCCGCUUCGCGCUGAAGUGCCUCGAGCGUGGAGGCUUCCUCCGCGCGCUCCCGAGCUCGUACUCGGUGGUGUGCACGGGGCACUCGCUCGGCGCUGGGUGCGCCGCCUGCCUCGGGUUCCUGCUGGCAAAGAAGUACCCGGAGCUCCGCGCCGAGAAUCGGCUCCGGUGCCUCCUGGUGGCGCCGCCCGGGUUGACCUGUUCGUUGAAGCUGCGCGAGGAGAGCCUGUAUCCUGAGUAAAAACGUACCCACACCAGAGUUGUAAUGCAGAUUUGCAAAGACAGGAAGACUUGUAAUGCGCAUCCCCAUGAGAGCCAUUUCCAAUCGUGUUUUGGAAUUUGUGAUGCUGUGAACAGGAUGAGCAGAUGAAUCUCUGACGCGGUUGCACUUGCUAACCUGCACUACACUGCAGAGCGCAACUUGUCAUGCGUGACUCACAAAACUCCUAGGUUUGUGUUGCAAAAUCCCCAUCCAGCAGCAUGCCGCUCAAGUGCCAACAGGGCGAGAGCCCUGCAAGACCGGGCGACGAAUGUAAGAAAUCGGGAAAAAAUGCCGUAUACCUGCGCAAUUCCUUAUAUGUGAAUAACAAGGUGGGCGGGCGGGGUUCUUCACAUUUUUGGAAACGCCCACCGCCCCGACUAGAAUAAUUGAAUGAUGUCGACCUGCUGUACACGGCGUAACCCCCGGCGGAAAUAGACCGGAGAGCGCAUCUGAAUCUGAAUCUGAACAUCCGCGAGCGAACCACCGAUCAUCUCGCACUUCUCAUCAAGACGUUCCACCGAGCUACUAGCACCCAGCUCGGCCCUGAAACCGGUGACAGUGACUCGCAGCCGCAAGGAAUUUCCGAUGCUCAGACAAAACUCCUCAACAGUUGCAUCACCGCAGAAAACGUUUUCGGGAAAUAUGAUGAUUUCCAGAUGCCAGCGCACGCGGAUCUCGGGCGCAGCCAAAUAAAACCGGUUGGCGGCCUGAAGGAAGCUCUCCCACGAACAAUCAACUACACCAUAAUUACACGCCGGGGCGACCGCUCCCACACCCGGGAAAAAUUACAGCAGGCCGGGGAGGAUUACCGAAGGAAAAUCCUGCCCCCGAAGGAUUGCCCCUGGAAGUUCGAGAUGUGGCGGGCGGAAAGUUUGGUUGACGCGGGAUUAGUGAAAAAAGCGGAGCUGAAGCGGUCCCGAAAAUCUCCGAAACAAACUACAGAAGCAGGCGCGGGGACUGUGGCCCCCCAAGCGGCAACCCCAGACUGUCUAGCUGUACUCUCCUCCACCGACUAUCUCGCGCGACCAGAUGUGAAGGCCCACGUUUCGGACUUCCUUACCUGGGCGACGGCCGAAAAAGAGUACAGACCAAAUGCUGACUUCGACCCGGACGGUGCGGAAGCUGAUACGCACCGCAUUGAGGAUGCGAUUUACGACAUCCAGGCCAAGGUGAAAAGUUCCUACGACGGAGUUCAGAAGGGGAAGCCGAUUGGCGAGAUAGCCCGCAUCUUGUCCGGAAAACGGCUCCUGAUCGGCGCGCAGCUGAUUGCCUGCGAAGUAGGGAAGAGCCAUAUUGUGAAGUGUCCCAUCCUUCGGCUCCACGCCCAUCUCGAAGUCGAACCCACGCUGGACACGCUCAUCCGCAUGAAGGAGCAGCUGUGCGCAGCUGCCAAGCGUGUGAAGCCCUUGCAGAUCUCCGUUGCAGAAGUCAAGGACUUUCUUGCUACCUGCAAUUCCCAAGCCCAAGGGAUUUCCGGUGUCAGGGCUUCCGCGUACAAGUCUCUAGACGCCGCCUCCCUUGAGGACUUUGUUGCGAGCUGCAACACGAUGCUCCUGAAGUUCCAGACCGUCCCAUCCCGACAUGUUUUGCAAGUCGUCCCAGAGCAGAUGCGGUUCCUCCAGAUGGAAUUGUUAGGCAAAGGGGGGACUUCACUUCCGCAGGACAUCAAAAAAAUCCGUGGCGUGAUUCGCACCUGUGUCGCCUUAAAAGUCAUCAGUGGUGUACUCGGACGGGAGGUGAUGCGACUGGCUGAGCACCGUUCGUGCUGGUCAAUUUAUGGGCAUGGUGGCCGCCCCGGUGUGUCACUCGCGGUUCUGACGUGGAAACUGUUGGACAACUAUCUGGCGACAUCUAGCGAAGAAAUGUGGUGCUAUAUCGGCAUGGACUUCAGCAACUUCUUCAACACAAUGAGCUGGGUGAGUCUCGCGAAUUCGUUACGGCUAACGGGGGCCCACCCCUGCACUCUUCUUUUUUUCUUGUCUUGCAACAAAGAUAAAGAAGUGUUGAUACGCAAUGGCCGCGAGUACGCGCUUGUGUCCAAGUUUUCGGAUUCGCUGCAGGGGGUGACCGAGACCAUGGUUGCGGGCACGUUGCUCUCGAUUUCCACGGUUCGGCGGUUACACCGGUUCUUGUGUAGCUGCUACUGCCCCGAGACCGGGGGCCUCUGCAAAACCAGAACCACGAGGGCCGCCGCUGUUCUGCUUGCGGAAGCGAAGGCCGACGACUCCGACCCUCACUCCUGGAAGAAUUACGCCUGGUCCACAGACGUCGACCCGCAGUACUUCUACCAACCCGCGGGCCAGUUGUCGUGUUCUAAAUCUAAGGUGACGAUGACCAGCCACUUUGCAACAAAUUCCGUGCCACCCACCGGCAAGGCCCCCCCCGCAACCACCGGGACGUGCGUGGACGAUCGGGGGACCGGGUUCCGGUACAAGCCCGUGGACGUCUCCAGUGGUACCGUCGGCAUUAUCUUCGACACCAUCACCAAGUUCGAACAAAUCGAAUUUCGGAAAAUGGGGACUUUUCUAGCGGGCGGGGGCAAAUUCGAGAUCAUGUUCGGUAGUCCGAGACUCCGUUCUGCAGUGGGGGCGAAGACUUACGGCGAACUUGUGGAAAAAAUGCGCGAAACUGUCGUCAAAAACCUCCACCCCUUCCAAAUGGCCCCCCGUAUCAAGACCAGCACGCUACUGCUGGGGUGUGCGUUUAACGUCGACCGAUUACCACCGGAAACGAUGGCCCUACAACUUCACAGCCGGUUAGGACUAUCGCGCGCAAAAGCAGAACACGUUUUCCAGUGUGCGAAGUUUCUUGACGGCAUGUUGAUCCGCAUGGUGGGAAUGUGGGCUUACGGGUCCUCCGUCGCGCACCUAACAGUGGUAGCUGUCAGGUUAUACGAAAAUGUCGACUGGUUGCGCUUUUUGAACAAGGUCGGGCUCUCCGUUCUCAAUUUUUGCGGUUACGCCAACUCACACGUGGCGGAACUUAUUAAGCUGAACAAAUUGGACAACAACCAACUGUACAAGUUGGCGUUUUGUUCCCAAGUCCUUGAUGCUCAUGAUCCCUGGGUGGCUGCUGUGCGGACGGCGCGGAGUUGCUCCGGAAAGUGGUCGUGUUUAACCGGUCAAGACGACAUUUUGAGCACGAUCACAACAAAGGUGCCUAUUUUCGGCCCCCAAGGUUUCAGUGCUGCUGAUAUCCAGAAAGUGAAUGCUAUUCACUAUGCCGAUCGUGUUCUGGAGGACAAGAUCGCGGCCUCUACUAUCGGGGCGCAGCCGCUUGUGACGACGCCACCGGGACCAAGUGACACUGUAGUGUCGCAGCUCCACCGCCUGUUCCCGAUGCCACAUGUCAGUGCCGGUGCUGUCACGCCGCAGGACCUCAAGGGCGCCGUUGUGAUCACCCGCUGCCCGGCGACUAGCGGCGCUGUCGCUCUGAAUAGCGAGGGGCAAAUUCUUUGGGCAGUGAAUUGUUACGACUUUGCCGACAUCCCCGACCCCGCCACUGCCGCUGAUCUCCGUUUUUUGACCUGUGCUUCCAGCUCGAUGGAGCAUUUGUUGCUCCUUACGGACGUUAUCCAGCGCAGGCCCGCGUUGGUGAUCGAAGGCGUCCAGGUGAACGCGAGGAUCAAAAACACCGGAACAUACCGAAAUUUUUGGUCAUCCUGCUCCGCUUGGUCCGGGCGGCUGUGGCUCUACCAGCAGCAAGUAAAAGCAGUCAACAUUUACCAACACCCCGAUCUCGACGAUUCCAAUCGAUACACGGUACCCGCUGCGGUUACCGAGAUUGCGGGGCGAGAUGCGUUUGUCCAGUGGCCCAAACGCAGUUUCAAAAUGCCGCUGGUCCUCAAAUCUAUCAAAGACAAAAUCCAUAAGUACCGUCUGGCGAAACUGGUGCGCGAGGGGAUGGAGAAGCUCGCUUCGCAAACACCUGGGAAUGACAAGGAGAGCGAGACCGACCCUGCCCCGAAGCGGCAGCGCACCGGUGCCGGAGUGUCCCAAGCUGUUGCUAGUGACUCCCAAUCGAUACCGCCCCCGAAUACCCAGGACCCGUCGGGCUAACGGCACGCACAGGAGCACCCUGAUUUGGUCAUCAAGCAGCGCCACGAUGUACAUGGCUGCGGAUUAUUUGGUUAAAGUUUAUGUAUCUUCAUGUUUGUGCUUCAAAAGAUUUCUGUUAUUGCUCAGCAGAUAUCCUGUUCAAAAAUUGAUAAUGAGCUACUGUGUCUGUUAUCGUUUGGCUGCGCACAAUUCAAAAACCAGCUCUCGCCUCGCCAUGCCCCUCGCAUUUAUUGAUGUUCACCCCACCUAUACAAACUUCCUCUCCAGGACGUUGUAGAUGGGUUUUUUUUUAUGUUGUCUUCUAUGCACAUGGAUAUGCAGAGCGGGUGUGGUUGAGCACGAGUUUGUCAUGUGUGCCUAGGGUGAAUUUGAGGUGAUUGAGAUAAUAAACGCCGCCAGUUCUUGUAUGAGUUUGAUUGUCAGACAUGUAAAGAGACGUGAUUGUGACAGGAGGACGAAGAGACCUGUGGCGCUUUCAUUCGUUUGUGUGUUGUCGUUGUUGCUUCCGUAAGAUUAUUUUCACGCGGACAUCGCUCGCUAACGCGGACCUGCAGCGAUUACGCGGAUUCGCCGUCCCGGGCGUUUACUACGUUUUCCGCUACCGACACAUUUCCAAGCUCCAUCGACAAGACCAUGAUGACUCGAUGCUACCCGGUGUUAGGGAUGUGGCGGCCCGACUGCUUUGGCGCCCCCGGUGGAAAAUAUCGACCCGCGCGGAAGGAUGCAGUUAGAUUGUAGUACCUACCGGACCCGCUUAGGUUUCUAAUUUCUAAGUCUAUGACCCUACUACUUUCCUUAGUUUUACAUUAGUAUUGUUUGAAAUGUCGGGUUAUCUGUGUUGAGUAUUGUGUACGGGUGGUAUACUCCAUUUUUCUGGUACUUUACUUUUCCAACCGCCACGCCUUGUCCCCAUGCUACGCUAGUUUUUUCAUCCCGAAAUCACAAGAAAUUUCGACGAAAACGGCUCAUUUUUCUGUUUCUGUACGCAUCGCCUGGUCCCGCUCUAAAAUAAGUGCUUUGAGUUUCUGCAUCUCAAAACUAAGGAGUAGCCCCCACUACAAGAUGGUCUUCGCGCUUGCUCUUCACUGGAUUCAGUAUCAGAUGGUUUUGCCGCUGUGCCCGACGCUACUCUACGAUCGCGGGGGUUAUCGGUUUCCCGGCCUUCCUCCAGAUUACCGUCCUGGGAAAGUAAUCACCACCACCGCCCCCGAGCGGUUUCUUGCCCUUCGGCAUCUUCCCCGCGCAACCCGUCUAAGGGCAGAACGCCAUCGGUGGUGCCCAUCAUCUGCAGUUACGAAGCGGCGCGCCGCAGUUUUCUACGAAGAGGUGAGUUGCGCAGCGGUGUGCUCCCCUCGGUCGUCAGGUCCAGGAUAGUGUGGGCCUUCUACACCUCCCGAUGGGGGUGAGAUGCCGGGUUCGCGACUCGCCGGAGAUCUUUUGAGCUACGUCUGGCAUGCACCUGCACAAGGGCCGACUGGACAGAUGCGGAACGACCUUGAAGUUGCAGCGCACGAUACCCGGCUGUCGCAGUACAUCUCGACGCUGCGCCUCCACCAUGCUGCACUACUCCGCCUAAAACUGACUACCCCGCAAUUAUGUGCACUCACACGGAAUAAACUGAGGUUGAAACUUGUCAUGCGCGUCAGCGGAUUAAACUGAAGUUGGAAUUUGUCAUGCGCGUCAGCCCUGUAGUAGGACUUUCUCUUUUUCUGUAUUUGACUACGCCGUUAUCAUUGGGCUAGGGCCGUGUUUCCAUUUCUGCAGCACAACCAAUCUCGUGUAGAUUUUCCCCGACCCGAAUCCACGCUUUUCCUCUGCUGCUGCCUUUCGGUUGGACACUUCUUCUGAGUGCUCAUCUGUUUGUCAGGGCUUAUUUACAUGCGCGUUGGAUUCGGUGGUGCUGGAAAAUGCGCCACGAUGGCGGUUCCCCGUCGAUGGUUGCCUUCUUCCUGCCCUGCCACCAUCGGGCCCGAUUGCUGUUUCAUCCGAUCCGGCGACGCUGCGGCGUUUUUUGGACGAGCCAGUUCUUGUUGAUGAACCACCUUUCUUCAUCGGGCCCAACUGCCGACCAGCUUCCGUCGUCGAUCACCCUCUUGGCGGAGAUCGUUUUCGCGCCGCAAUACGAGAUUCGGGCUGUCGCGCACACUCCCCGAUCAGUAGCCGGUCGGGCGGGAUUCAUGCUGUCAAACAAGCCAAGCCAGCUACUUGACCUUUUUGGCGCUCUCGCGGUACUCGUCGACAUCUCUCCGGUGGCGGUUACACCGGUGGUGACGAUUUCUGCUGUGGUCGCCGUUCACGACAACAUCGGGAUUCGGCAAAAACGCGCCCACUGUUUUCCGACCCUCUCCUCGCCGCCGUUCCUGCCCAACCUGCUCUGCGGAUCUUCUCUCGACGACCAGACCAGCAGUGGGCCCAGCCAUCCGGUCGUCGCGCAUCGUGGGUUCAACGGCCCCCAUCCCAUAGAGACCACUUAGAAAUUAUUUUUAUCGUAGAGCACAAAUUUUACAGCGGUCGCCCGUUUUGCAUCGGCCGAGGUUGCACAUGCGUCCGGAGUAUUUUUCCACUGAAGUCCCUCGGCAUGGGUCAUAUGAUGUUCUUCGCCAGGUCGCGCAGCCUCUAUUAAUGCGAUUCGGGUCGAUCGCGCCCUACGGCUAGUAUCUGUGAUCCAGUUCGACCGUAUAUUUCGGGGGGCAGUAACGUGAAGGAAAAGCGUCCUUUCGGGGGCGCCUAGUAACCACGCAAACACGAACCUGAUUAACGCCCCCUAUGGGUAACUAUCUCCAUACACAGUGGUCUCGCCCUAUCUUUACUAUUUUUCAGUGCAGCGGCUUACUGCACUUAUCGCCCUACGGAGACUGUGAUCUGGCCUCCCUCUACCUCCCCUGGUGGACGUCUGCCGCGGCUUACGGCUCUAGACGUUAACUAGGAUCAGUGCGCUGUGCGGGUUUAGGGUUUUGAAAUUAAUUUUGUAUCUCCCACUGCUGCAUGCACCUGCUGCAAGAACUUGUCAUGCAAAACAACCUUCGGGUUGUUCCCGCGCUUCAGGAGUAGUCCUGUUGCGUGAGGGCGGCAGAAGAUGAAAAAAGGUGUUGGUUUAGGGGGUUGAAAAUGUUUCUGCAUGUGUGAUGCAAAAGACAAAAAGAAGUUCGCGCGUGGGAGCGCAUUAUUAAGCACAGCGGGCGGGUGCCGUUCCCGCCGUCACACAAUCAUUGAAAAUUGAAAAUUGAAAUUGAUGAAAUUGGGGGCCGGGCAAAAAAAAAAAAAUCCCCAUCCUGACUCUGGUGUGGGUACGUUUUUACAUAUGAUAGCCUGGAUUACAUGAUCACGCUCGUAAACGGGUUCGACGGAAUCCCCCGCAGCCGGACGCUGUCCAUCAUUGUCGAGCGCAACUUCAUGUCGGAGUGCUUGCGCAAGAGCCACUUCUCCAAGUGGGAGCUGAUCGCGGGGAAGCUUUCCGACUACAAGGACGCGCUGUGGAACUGCUGGCACGCGGCCAACAGCAGCGCCUUUUUCCCCACCAGUCCCUUCAACAUGAUGUACGCACGCAAAUUCGAGGACAGCCGGCUGAACCCGCAGGAGCGCACAAACUUCCUCCGCAGCUACCUGUCGGUGGGCGACCAGCUUGUGGUGAACGUGCAGCGCUUGGUGGUGGAUACCACGGCGAGUGAGGACGGGCUUUUGUUGACAAAAGGGGACGUCGUCACCGUAGCCGACGCGCCGGGCCGCAACGGAAUCUGGGUGCGGAUCACCGUCACAUUGUUCCCCCGUCGAGCAGGGCGGGAACAGCAUCAAGGCGACAAAGAGGAUCGGGCGCACAUGACUACAACGAGCCUUCAGAAGAGAGAGAGAAUAUCCGAGGAAACUGCGUCCUUCAGGGGGAGCAGUACCGACGGAGAGGACGAUGAAGAAGAUCGCGACUUUCUGGAUCCCGCAGUGAUUCUGAACGCAGAGAGACAUGAAGUUGUUGCCUGUGAGGUUUUCCUCAGCUAUUCCGACAUAUUGGCGUUUUUUGUGUGGCGCAACGCAGAGGAAGCCGUCCGCGGUGUGACGAUGAGAUCUAUGGGGACCAGCCUGCUGAGCACGCAAUCGUCGACGCAGGCGAACCUCGAGCAAACUUCGAAGGAGGUGGGAAUAGUAAACGAGGAGAGUGAAGUGGAACAAGAAAGCGCCGAGAACAAGUCGAACCAGGGCACCCCGGGGCCUGUGCGUCGCUCAUCCGCGGCCGGUGUGGCGAGGCAAGCGAUCCCGAAUAAGCCGGAUCAACUGCCGUUACACAACCACAAGCGAAAGCUGUUCCAACGCCACGGCGCAAGGUCAAAUAUGCACUUGGAUGAGGCUGAUGUGCAAGCGUUCCUGCGAGUGUUUGCCGAGAACAAAAACGAGAACAAAGGGGACGGAUCACGAUCCGUCCACAGCACUUCUUCGGAGCUGCGAUCGUCUCCAGGCACCAGCACUCGCACGAGCGCUGGCUCGUCCAUAAAGUACGUAGCUGCCACGAAGCCUACGGGGCGCAAGUCCAAGACUCGUGUGGUUCCCGGCAACGCAAAUGACUACAACAUGGGUCCUGCUUCCGCCGGCACGGAAACUACUCGCAGCGAACCGAGAGAGCGCAUUCGCGGAACCCAGGUGGCCUGGUUCGACCACCACGAACAGGAGGAACCCUACCUGCACGCGAUGCCCGAAGGCUACGUACCCGGGCGCAUUCUGCACAUCCGCAAGAGGCUUUCGAAAGAGGAGAAGGGUGUGCUAGAUCGCUCGGCGCGCAACGACUUCACGAACCUUUUGGAGACCGUAUUCGGCGGGGACGAAGAACUACCGGGAGGGAGCAAGGAUCCGGAACAGAACAAUAAGGACGGAAAACACUGGUCGCGCACAACUGGCGCAGCUCCCAUGGAGGACACGUCUACCGAAGAACAUGCGACUACAAGAAAGGGAAUCAGGGUAAUUGAAAAGGCGUUGCAGAAGGAGAAGCGGUCUGUCUUUCUGGCGGACUCCAGCGAGAGCGGAAAUGACGAGCAGAGUGCAGCGUCAGCGACCAAAACGGCUCGGGCCAGCCCCUUGUGGAGCAGCGGUGGCUUCGUGCAAAAGAGCACGUUCAGCGACCAUGUUUUACGCAUGCAGCGCACGACCAGCAGCACCGGGACGACCGCGGCCAGAAGUAUCUCCGAGGAGAAGAUCAUGGUGAAAAGGCCACCGCGCAGCGAAAAAAGUGUCUUGCGAAUGAAUGCGCGACUCGUGGGUGACAUCCUUGGCUCCGAACGGAACGAGGAAAUAAGCGACGCGUGGUCGUCCGGGUCCGAUCAGCCGCAAAGGCACGACUCUCCUCCUUCCCAGGAUGAAGUAGACCAUCCCGGAAAAGCAAAACCUAAAACGCUCGCGAAAUCGUGGAGCCUCGCCGGCCUCAAGCGUUUCCGGCGGCGGGAGGCCGUUGGUACCUUGUUGAGGCGAUCUGCAACUACGUGGACCAUCCUGACGACGGCACUACAACGGAUUCUGCAGUAUCUUUUCCCCUUUCUAUUUUCUCACGGUGAAGAGGUGGACGAGCUAGACCCGGACGGGCUGGAAACCGAGGACCCGGAGCCCUGUCAGCUUCGACCCACCGACCCAGAACUCACCAGAACCAUCCUCGACGAAAAUGAUGAGGGUACUAUACAAUUGUUGGCUCCUCGUCCUCCGGAGCACCACGUUCACUUCCAGCAUUUCCCAGAAAAGAUGAAUAAACCUCAACCUGAUUUUUCACGAGGAGCAAGGAUCCUGCGUGAACAGAAUAGAUAACGUUAUUCAUUGCUCAGCGUUCUUUUGCUGGCAAGUCCAAGUGUUGUUCUUUUUUCUUCGUUUCAUCGUUUCAAAAAUGGAAAUAACAAAAUGAAUGCGCAGGACCUGCAGUAGGAGCACAAGCAGCAAUAACAGCACGCCCGGUGCUCACGGGGCUGAUCCACAUCGCACGAAAAAUUCCUUUGCACAAGAUGAUUUUGGGGGGCGACAACAUGCUGAAGAAUUUGGAACAUGAUGCCGUGGAGCGGCAAGAACUCAUAGAAAAAUACGGGCCUAAUUACGAAGAAGUUCUGAACGCAAGACACAAAACAACACUGGACAGAAACGAGCUGCACAGCAAACGCACCCGCGCACUGCAGUCGGUUGCAAGUCACAUGUCGAGUCUGCUCAGCAAACGGUCGAAAGAAACGGCGCUUCAGCGCACACAAAAUCAUGGGCCGAGUAACGACAGCCUCGAUGACAUUUACAGCGAGAAGCAGCAGCAGGCGCGGCGCGACGAGCGGACGGAUCUGCUGCACACGUCGGUGCUCCAGAACAUCUUCGGCGCACACCCAGACGAAGUUCUCGGAGGCGAAUACGAAUUACAUGCCGAUCAUGCGCUGGCGCAAAAAGACUCCAGUCGAAACAGGCACCUGGAACUAUUCAAUGGAGCGACGAGGACGAAUGGCGCGUCGGUCACAGAAGUAAGUCCGGAAGAUCCGGCAGCUAAUAGGCCAAAGAAGGGUAUCUUCGCAAGACUGUUCGGGGGUUUUGGCGAAAAUUCGCAACACUCCGGCGAGCAAGAGCCGCUGUCUUCGGGUGAUGAAGUGGAGCGACUUUCAGAUGAAGUUGCUGGUGGUACCAGGAGCAUCCCUUCCACCCCUCGCGGGAAGCAGGUCGCGUUUCCGGACCACAAUAAGGGCGCUUUUCCUUCGCAGAGAGGUCGUGGUGCUGGUGACUCUGCCGGGGCCACACGACUCGCGGUGGAUUCGACGUUCAGGGGAGAAGAUGAUGAGCGGGAAGGAACAUCGUUGCUGCACCUACAACAACCCAGUUCACAACUCUCGUCGAUGAGGAGCAGUUUGAGCAGCUCGACAAGCGCUACCGCGGCUUCAUCUCCCGCGCGAAAGAAUAGCAACGAUGCUCUCCUCGACUCCUCUAACGACGAUUUUAUCCGGCCGAGUAUGAUUGCGCGCCAAUUGGAGGCUGAGCUGGACCUGGAGGAACGAAUCGGCAGCGGGGAGGGCUACUACGCCGUCUGGGUUUCACACGCGGAGCUCAAGUUUUUGUACAACCGCCCAGAAGCCGUCACCGACCACCUAAAAAUCUCACACGAUGCCGGGCUGCGCUGCAUAUUUGAAGAUUUCUUCUCGCACCUGAUGCCCGCUCCAGAUCGGAAUGAGGACUACGACGGUGCUGCACCUGAACAAGAAGAAGCAUUUGACCCAAACAGCCUCCUUGCCGCAUCGUUCGGGCCAGAUGAGGCAGAUCUGCUAAACCGAGCAGACCCAGAAUCCCACGUGCUGUCCCGCGCCAGCAGCAUCGCAGGCCCGGAGCAUGAUGAUGGUGAGCAGGCGCUAGUACAGCUGAAGGAUGUAGAUCCAUUGAUGAAGCACGUCCCACGGCCAAAAGUUGUCAACAGCAAUGCUCCUGCCCCAUUCGGUGAAGUAGAUCCGACGGCAGAAGAAGUGGAAGACGACAUAGCGCGGCAAACAUCAAAGCCGCGCAAAAGUACAGCGACUGAGAGAUCGUCGCUAUCCCGAGUAACUACGGAGUCAACUAGUACAGCAGCAUCCUAUAAUCGCGGUCGCAUUUCCACCCAAGUCGCAUCAUCUUCGAUGACGAGCAAAAACCGCAACAAAGAGAAUCGCGGCAACAGAGUAGAUGCGGCAGCAGAGAGAGCCGCAGGCCGCUCUGUAGUUCCAGGACCGGAUUUAAUCCCGUCCGCCACCAUCGUGACGACCGCGUUUAGUGAAAGCGAACAGCGAAUGAAAGAGAAGGUCGUCAAGGUGCCCCCGGUGCCGAUGCCGACGGUUCCACCAACCUUGCCGUCGGUGCCUCCGUCAAGAAAGGAAGAUGUUGUUGCGCCAUCAGGCGACACAGUCAAGCGCGCCUCUUUCGCACCUGGUGGCAACCCACUGGCGCAGGAAGAAGAAAUCCCCACAUCUGGAAGGAAGCUUCGCGCAAUCUCACCACGAAACAACAAAUGAAAUGGCUGACGACCGUCGCUAUGUCUUUUGAAAAUCAGAAGUGUUAUGGAAUGUACUUGCGCGUUCGUCUCGGUUUCAAGAACUAGAAAUUGCUCUUACGUACUGGUACUUGCACAGCUGCCGCGCACUUUCGUGGCAGGUGGUGCUGCAAAGAAAUCGCGGAAUUUGUGAAAGUACCAAGUACGUGGUAUCAAGCAAAGAUAUAAAAUUUUUGGUACUGUUUGUGUUAGUGCUGCGAGAUGCGGAGUGCAAGACCGCAUACAUCAACCAAAGAAAUAGCUGCAGAAGAUGAAUAGCUGUUACAGCGAGUGCAUGACAUGCACUCGCUGUAUCAACAUGGCGAUGGUGUCGAGAACGCGUGGGCCAGAAGUUCCGGUCCACGUAUUCUCGCGAUAUCGAAAGAAGGCGUGGCGCUUACCACUUAGUGGUUGCCUGUUAGUCACCAGGUGAAUACGAAUCCGAUUCGUACACGAGGAAUAUUGAACAGAUUCGCGCGUAACAACCAUAAAAAG